GCAGGAGCUCCUGUGAUGUGGAAUAUCCCUUCAGGCAGUUCAGGUCAGCUGUCCUGUCCAUGAUCUCUCCCAGCUUCUUGUGUGCCUCUUUGUUGGCAGAGUGUGGGAAACUGGAAAGUCCUUGACUUUAGAGUAAGCACUGCUUAGCAACAACUAAAACAUCAGUGUGUUAGCAACACUACACUGACCCUAGAUUCAUAAACCACAGCACUUUACCAGGACAUAGUAAGAAAAUUGACUCUAUUCCACACUAAAUGAGGACACAGUGGAAAGAAUCUCAGAUGUUACAAAUCAGUUUUCCUCAUGGGUACUGGGCAGUAUUGGCUGCAGAGUGGAAAGCACUAUGUUAUUUUGUUUGUCACAAAUACAGGUGUCACCCUAAGAGAGAUAUUGCCAGGGGUGAUUUGCUUAGUUUAGAGUUAUUUUGUAUUGAAGUGAAACCUUUUAAGGUUUGUCUUAUUUUAAUGUCUUCUUAUGUGUUGAAGGAUGGAAGAAAACCAGCAAAUCCAGCUUUUUGGUGGGUCAAUGAUAAGGGAGAGGAGGUGAAGUGGAGCUUUGAGGAGUUUGGCUCUCUGUCCAAGAAGACAGCCAAUGUCCUUUCUGAGGCCUGUGGUUUGCAGAGAGGAGACAGAAUUGUAGCAAUUCUGCCUCGUGUUCCUGAGUGGUGGCUCCUGAAUGUGGCCUGCAUGCGAGCAGGAAUUGUCCUUAUUCCAGGAACAUCCCAAUUAACAGCCAAAGACAUCUUAUACCGACUCCAGGCUUCAAAGGCCAAGUGCAUUGUUACCAAUGACACGCUGGCACCUGCAGUGGAAUCUGUCCUGUCUGGCAGCAAGUUCCUGAAAAGUAAACUCAUUGUAGGCCAAGGGAGCAGGGAAGGGUGGCUGAACUUCAAAGAACUCCUUGCGGGUGCAUCUGCUGACCAUCAGUGUGUCAAGACAAGGAGUCAAGACCCAAUGCUGAUCUAUUUUACCAGCGGAACUACGGGCUUCCCAAAAAUGGUGCUGCAUUCCCACAGCAGUUACGGCAUUGGAUUUGCAACCACUGGCAGGUAUUGGUUGAAAUUGACUCCUUCAGAUAUAAUGUGGAAUACCUCUGAUACUGGCUGGGUAAAAGCAGCUUGGAGCAGUCUUUUUGCACCGUGGAUCUGUGGAUCCUGUGUCUUUGUACACAAUAUGCCACAGUUUAAAACAGAAGUUAUUGCAGAGACUCUCUCAAAAUAUCCCAUCACCACCUUCUGCACGGCUCCCACCGCCUUCCUCAUGCUGGUCAAACAUGAUGUGAGCAGCUACAAGUUCCCAAGUCUGAAGCACUGUGUAACUGGAGGGGAAGCACUGAAUCCUGAAGUCUUGGCGAAGUGGAAAAUCCAGACAGGGCUGGAUAUCCAUGAAGGAUAUGGCCAGACCGAAACAGUGACAAUCUGUGCCAAUAUGAAAGGAAUGAAAAUUAAACCCGGCUCUUUAGGAAAAGCUGUUCCCCCAUAUGAUGUGCAGAUCGUAGAUGAGCAUGGGGCUGUUGUGCCUAAAGGAGAAGAGGGCACCAUUGCUGUCCGAGUGAAACCCACACGACCCUUCUGUCUGUUCUCUGAGUACUUGGAUAAUCCAGAGAAAACUGCUGCCUCUGUGCGAGGAGAUUUUUAUCUCACCGGGGACAGAGGCGUUAUGGAUGAAGAGGGAUACAUCUGGUUUGUUGGAAGAGCUGAUGAUAUCAUUAACUCUGCUGGGUACCGCAUUGGCCCCUUUGAAGUGGAGAGUGCACUGAUAGAGCACCCGGCAGUCGUGGAGGCGGCUGUUGUCAGCAGUCCCGACCCAGUGCGAGGGGAGGUGGUCAAAGCCUUCAUUGUUUUAGCUCCUGCUUAUGAAUCACAUGAUCCAGAAAAAUUAAUUCAUGAGCUUCAACAACACGUCAAGAAGGUGACUGCACCAUACAAGUAUCCAAGGAAGGUGGAGUUUGUUCAGGAGCUGCCAAAGACAGCUACUGGGAAAAUCCAGAGAAGGGUUUUAAAGAAAAAAGAGUGGGCAAAGGUAUAAAAAGAGCAAGAGUGAUCUGGAAAACGAGGAGAGAAAUUCUCCAUGGUGUGUACCAGCCAUAACACAAGACACAGAGCAGGUUGUCAUCAGCCAGAGCAGAGCGAGAACAUCAGGACAAACAAACUGUGGAAGGAAAAGGAGAAAACAUUCUUGAGGAUAUGUGGCAUUGGAACCACUUUCACCAUCAACCUACAAAUUUUCAGAAGGAAGGAAGUGCAAGUGAUUCAAAAUGUGGAAUGGGAGAAAGACUCAGGUGCAUACAGAGGUCUAAUUUUUUUUACCAAUUUGUAUAAAAAUCUUCCUUUAAAAAAUGGGUGAAACUACAAGGCUUUGAAAAUUACAAAUAAAUGAGAAAUUAUUAA